UGCACAAGAACAACAAUGCCAAAACAAACACACCAAACCAGACUGAGAAGAGAGAGAGAGAGAGAGAGAGAGAGAGAGAGAGAGAGAGAGAUAGAGAGACUGUAUAGUGGAAGUGGAGCACUCACGAAACACACAGUAGUAAUGUAGCACUCUUUUGUUUUUUUAUUUUACUCUAUAGCUUUCUUCUUCGUUACAGUCAAUAACUGAACCCACCUACCAAAUUUCCAUUCUUAUGAGAUACUGAUCUGUUUAUGCUGUUGACCACUUUCCCUUGAGAAGCUGCCCAUUCCUUUGCUCUUGUCAUUUUCAUUUUCUUGCCACUCAACAACACAUUAAAUACCACUACAUUGUAGUGUCAGAAAAGGUUGGAUAAGCUUUAUGGGCUUUCACUUUUGCUUGAUUUUUGGGCAAGAAAAAGCUUCCUUUUUUCCUAUUUUUAAUGAAUAGUUCUGGGUUUUUUUUGUUGUCUUAGAUUUCAGCUUGAUUCAGUGAAACUGUUGGUGUCAUUUUUACUGCUUGAGAUUUAGGCCUUUUGACUCUCAUGCAAAAUGCAGAACCCUUUUUCAUAUGUUGCUUUUGGGGUUGGUUGAAAAGUUGAGUAGAAUAGUCUUUUGGUUAUGCAAUGCAAUGAUUUGUUGAAAAUGAUGGCAGUAUUUUCAGCUAUAAUGUGCUUUUAAUUGGCUGCUGGACUGAGGGAUACUUUUCUUCUUGCCAAUUAACUGUUCAUUGUUCUUUCUCUUCUCUUUAUGGCAAAUUUUGGAAUCUAAGUUCAACUCUGCUUGAAUUUUGUCUGUUAUUGUAAUUAAGUUGUCUUCUUGCUGCAUCCCAUCUCCUCAAUUUUCUAUAGUUAUGUUUGUUUCUUUUCCAUUGUAAAAUUUUGCCUUUUCACUUGCAAUUCUUCACACAGUAUCAAGAAUGCGGUCCAUUUGUUUUGUGUUACUGUUAUUACUUGUAGAAUUAGCAGUAGGAGAAUCAGACAUUGAUGCACUUUUGGAACUCAAAAAGGGUAUUCAGACAGACACUUCUGGUAAAGUUCUUUCUACAUGGGACUCUAAUUCUUUGGCAUCUGAUGGUUGCCCCAAGAACUGGUAUGGUAUCAGCUGUAGUAAUGGCCAUGUUACUUCAAUCACACUGAAUGGUUUAGGCCUAGUUGGAGAAUUCAACUUUCCUGCCAUUUCCAAGCUCCAAAUGCUUCUCAACUUAUCUCUGUCCAAUAAUCAGUUCAACGGCACCAUCGGAAAAGAGAUUGAUUCGCUUCAGUCGUUAAAAAGUUUGGAUCUUUCCUGCAAUUUGUUUGGUGGGUCAAUUCCUUCUCAAUUGACCAGUUUAAGAAACUUGGUGCUUGUGAAUAUUUCAUUGAAUAAAAUGGAAGGAGAAAUCCCCUCUGGUUUUGGUAGUAUGAAGCUGUUGAAGUACUUAGAUUUGCAUUCCAAUGGUUUUGUGGGAGAUGUCAUGGGCCUUUUGGCUCAGUUAGGAGACGUGACGUAUGUUGAUCUCAGCUGCAACGGUUUCUCUGGAAGCUUGGACCUGGGAAUAGGAAAUCCUGAUUUUAUUUCUUCAGUUCAGUAUCUCAACAUCAGCAAUAAUAACUUGACGGGGCCUCUCUUCCCUCAUGAUGGAAUACCGUAUUUCGACAAUCUAGAGGUGUUUGAUGCAAGUGACAAUCAUUUCGUUGGAAAUGUGCCUUCAUUCAGUUUUGUAGUCUCUCUCCGAGUUAUUAAGCUUCGCAACAACCAGUUGUCGGGAGCGUUGCCUCAGGGUCUUUUGCAGGAGAGCUCGAUGAUCUUGUCUGAGUUGGAUCUAAGCCAUAAUCAGCUCGAAGGUCCUGUUGAAAGCAUAAGUUCUGUGAAUCUGAGGAGUCUAAAUUUAUCUUCGAAUAGGCUUUCUGGGCCGUUGCCGGCUCGGAUAGGGCACUGUACCGUCAUAGAUCUCAGUAAUAAUACGUUCACUGGAAACCUUUCAAGAACUCAGAGUUGGGGAAAUUACGUGGAAGUUAUUGAAUUAAGCUCAAAUGAGCUGACGGGAUCCUUGCCGAACCAAACAUCUCAGUUCUUGAGGCUUACUUCAUUAAGGAUCUCCAACAACUUGUUAGAGGGCAUUCUUCCACAUGUUCUUGGAACAUAUCCCGAGCUAGAAGUGAUUGAUUUUAGCCAUAACAAGUUGAGUGGUUUCCUCCUUCCCAGCCUUUUUAACUCGACAAAAUUGACCAACAUUAACCUGUCUUGGAACAACUUUUCCGGGACGAUACCUGCUGAUGCAAUUACCCGCCAAAACUACAGCCUGUUAUCUCUCAAUCUGUCGCAUAAUGCAUUUAUGGGCCCAUUGCCCCCCGAAUUGGGCAGGUUCCAAGGCAUUGUAUAUCUUGACCUGUCGAGCAACCUUCUUGAAGGUGGCAUCCCCAACGACCUUCCAAACACAAUCACAGGAUUUAACGUAUCUUACAAUAAUCUGUCUGGAGUUGUUCCCCAAAGCUUGCAGAGAUUCCCGUCUUCAUCAUUCCAUCCUGGAAAUGACUUGCUUGUUCUCCCAAAUGAGGCACCUUCCCCAAAAGGUGGUAACGACCUAAAUUUUAGGGAUCAUGGUUCUCAUACUAAAUCUGCAAACAGGGCAGCCCUUAUUGCUGGUGUGGUAGGUGGCGUGUCAGUUAUAGCUAUACUGACUUUAGUGAUCUACCUCCGAGUCCAUCAAGAAGGAAACAAGGCAAUCUCAACUGAAACCGGUGGAAAGAAAGUUCUGUCUUCCUCCGAUAUCGAAUCCGGCAAUCAGCCAGCGACUGUGUCAUCAGUUGUACCGAGUCCUAAAGAUCGCGACCAUCCAGAAUCAACAAGAAAAGUUGAUGUGGUAUCUUCUCCUAUAUCAAUGACGCCAUCAGUUAACACCUCACCUGCCAAGCUCCGGCAUCAGUCAGAAAAUGCAAGUGCACUGAAAGUUUGCUCACCGGACAAACUAGCGGGAGAUUUACAUCUCUUUGAUAACUCCUUGAAGUUCACUCCUGAAGAACUAUCUUCUGCACCUGCAGAAGCCGUCGGUAUGAGCUGCCACGGCACUCUGUAUAAGGCUGUGCUUUCUUCAGGUCAUGUUCUGGCAGUAAAAUUGCUUAAAGAAGGGAUAGCUAAAGGUAGAAAGGAAUUCGCUAGAGAAGCAAAGAAACUUGGCAAUAUUAGACAUCCAAAUUUGGUUUCACUUCAGGGCUUCUACUGGGGUCCAAAGGAACAUGAGAAAUUAAUCAUAUCAAAGUAUAUCAACGCUCCGAGUCUGGCACUUUAUCUUCAUGGGACAGAUCAAGGAGCACUCCCUCCUUUGUCUCUCGCAGACAGGCAAAAGGUUGCUCUCGACGUGGCUUGCUGCCUUACUUACCUACACACUGAAAGUGCCAUACCUCAUGGCAACCUGAAAUCCACUAACAUUCUGAUCGAAGUUCCCAACAUAAACGUGCUGUUGACAGAUUACAGUCUUCACCGUCUACUGACAUCAGCCGGAACGGCCGAGCAAGUGCUGAACGCCGGUGCUCUUGGCUACCUGCCGCCUGAGUUCACCAGCACAAGUAAACCUUGCCCUUCUCUAAAGAGCGAUGUAUACGCUUUUGGGGUUAUUCUUCUGGAACUUUUGACCGGAAGAAGUUCAGCCGAUAUCGUUCCAGGGAACCCUGAAGUAGUCGAUCUAUCAGAAUGGGUGAGCUUAAUGGCUGCAGAGAAUCGUGCGGUUGAGUGCUUUGAUUUGCAGAUUUUAGGCACAGAAAGCAGAGAGAGCCUUCCAAAGGGUCUUGAUUCCAUGCUUCAGAUUGCUCUGAAAUGUAUACUUCCGGCCGCAGAACGGCCCGACAUGAAAAUGAUAUUCGAAGAGCUUUCUGCUAUACAAGUGUGAUAGCUCUCUCAGAAAGGUUAGGAAUCAAGAUUUUGAAUGCAAAUCCUCUGGGAUUCAUCAAUAGGAUGUUUAGAGUUAUCAUCAUGUUAUCUCUAGUUCAUUCUUUUUGUAGUUGGCUGUGGGACAAAAUUCAUCUGGCCUACGAUUACACCAAAUUAUUCUUGUACAUUGUUACUUUCCAUCAUUCUUUCAACUCCUUGUAAAAUCACUAGACUA